AUGAUAAAAGGGAAUCACACUGCAUUGCCUGUCUUCAUUCUACUUGGAUACUCCAAGUUCCCUAUUCUGCAGGUGCUGCUAUUUGUGGUGUUCCUUUUCAUCUACAUGGGAAUCAUAACAGGAAAUGGACUUAUCAUUUAUAUUACGGUGACUGACGCUGCUCUUGAUAGCCCAAUGUAUUUCUUUUUGAGGAACCUGUCAUUUCUGGAGAUCUGCUACACCUCAGUUACCCUCCCAAAGAUGCUGGUCAAUUUUCUGGCAGAAGACAAGAGCAUCUCAUUCAUUGGCUGUGCAAUCCAAAUGUAUUUCUUGUUUGUACUAGCAAGCACAGAGUGUUUCCUUCUAGCUGCAAUGGCCUAUGACCGAUAUGUGGCCAUAUGUGACCCUUUGCAUUAUAAACUCACCAUGAGCAAGGAACUCUGUUUAAAACUUGUGACUGGGUCAUUGAUCAUCAACAUGCCUGUGCAUGUGGUGCAGGUAUAUCUAUUGUUUACCUUGUCUUUUUGUGGCUCUCAUGAACUUAACAACUUCUUCUGUGAUCUCCCUCCAGUGCUGGAGUUGGCCUGCGCUGACAUUUUUGUGAAUGAAGUUUAUAUGUUUGCAGCUACCACAGUUAUCCUAAUCAUCCCCUUUUUCCUUAUUGUUGCUUCUUACGUGAAGAUCAUCUCAGCCAUUCUGAAGAUGCCUUCUGUAGAAGGUCGGAAGAAAGUGUUUGCCACUUGCUCUUCACACCUCAUCAUGGUAUCUUUCUUCUAUGGCUCAGCAACUAUUGUCUAUCUGAGUCCCAGGUCAAAAGAGACAAUGGAUGCAAACAAAUUGCUUUCUUUGUUUUACACUAUUUUAAUCCCUAUGCUUAACCCAAUUGUAUAUAGCCUGAGAAACAGAGAGAUGAAGGUUUCCCUGAAGAAACUAUUUAAUAGAAAACUUUGA